UUCCGGCGCGGAGGCGGCCAUCUUUUCUCGGCGGGAAGAUGGCGACCCAGCCCUCCGGAGGCGGCGUGGUGGCGGGGUCUUCCGCGGCGCCCCCCAAAAAGUCCUCCUUCUGGUCCUGCUUCAGCUGCCGAAUGGUGGCCGGCAGCGGGCUGUUGGCCGCGGGGCUCUGGGUCCACCUGGGAACCCGCCAGUCCUUGAGAGGUUCCAGGCCCGGGAACCUCUAUGACAUCUUUCGGAUAGUUUUCGCCAUCGGCCUUUACUCGGGGGCGAUCGUAGUCAUCCUGGAUCCCGUCCAGCCGAAGUAGGACGGGGAAGACGUCCUUCAUCGGCGGAGGCUUCCCAAGUUCUACCUGGAGGCAACCCAGAGUGCGGCAGGAAUGGGGGGGAUGAAAUCUUUCAUUUUGAAGAUUGGGGGAAUGUCCUGCGAUCCAUUAAGACAGGACAGAAACGUUGCGGCUUUCGAUCUUCCGCGCAAAAUGGCUGCUGUCGUUGCGCGAGUUUUUUCCCCCCGUGUCAAAACAAGUCAGUUACGAUGACGACACUUCGGGACGAUCGUCUCUUAAGUAAGGAACGUGGACCUGAUUGCGUUCGGUAAACGGAAUAAGCUACCUUGCCAAUUACGUUGUAGUUAAAAUCAUGCUUGUUGGGUGAAGGGGGGAGAGAAAAAAAAUCCCUCUUAAUUUU